GAGGGCGGAAGUUGUUUUUGUUUACAAUGUGUACAAGUUUCGCUUUACUGUAGCUUUGUAUCGUAUUGUAAACGCCUUUCUUAAAAAGAAAGACGGGAUAGAAUUUAAUCGACAUUGACACAGUAAUUAUGUUCACACGGUCGUUCAAACUGAGCUUAUUUUGACUUCAGUAGUCUGUAUUAUUUAUUAAUAAACCUACAUUUUAAUUCAAAUGAACGCGUGAGAACCGCCUGAAACUCAUCAUGCCUUCGUAUGAAGAAUGGAAGAAAAGCAUCCACUUCUACUACUGUGUCAAAUUCACGCUAAAUGUGUAUUCGAUGCUGUUUUCGCUUGUAGGCCUUUGUGUGCUGUGUGUGGGUGUGUAUGCCGAGGUGGAGAGACAGAAGUACCGCACUCUUGAGGGAGUGUUUCUGGCUCCUGCUGUGGUCCUCAUCCUGCUAGGGCUCGUCAUGUUCUCUGUGUCUGUGGUGGGAAUGUUGGGAUCACUGCGUGACAACAAAACCCUACUGCACAUGUUCCUGAGCGUGCUCUCUGUUCUGCUGGCACUCCAGAUUCUCGCCCUCAUCAUCGCUUUGCUGUUUGAGAAAACGACAUUCGAAUUGUUCCAGAAAAACAUCCGGCAAGGCAUCAAGCACUACUACGAUGAUCUGGACUUCAAAAACAUCCUGGACUACGUACAAGAGAAGUUUUCCUGCUGUGGAGGUGAUGAAUAUAAGGACUGGGAGGUGAAUCAGUACCAUUUCUGUAACGGCACUGGCCCGCUAGCCUGCGGAGUUCCUUACACAUGCUGCAGAAAAGAGCCUGGAGAAGUAGUAAACACCCUGUGUGGCUAUAAGACUCUUACCAAACAGCGUGAAGAUUUGGCUGACGUUAUACACGUGCGUGGAUGUAUUCAUGCCGUAAACCUGUGGAUGCGCGACAACGUUGGGGCCACAAUAGGAAUCUGCUGUGCCGUGGGCUUGCCUCAGUUUUUGGGCAUCCUUCUAAGCUGCAUGUUCUGGAACCUCCUGGUGGAGAUGAGUGAAUCCACAGACAUGGUGGACUUCAAGAUCCUUAAAAAGGCUGGAUUCACUUACAGCGAGCUGGACUUGUCAGGCGCUGGCUGGUGUAUGUGUCUGCCCCGUGUUGGCGGAUACCUACCUAUACCUUACAUAGAACCAGAACCAGAGCCGGAAGCAGAAACUCUGACCCCUGAUCUUGAGUCUGACCCUGUGACCUUAGAGCAGAUGCAGGCCGAGAUAUUACUGAGCCAAUCAAAACACGACCAUCCCGGAAUGGACGAGGUAGACAAUCGAGCAUAGAGGUGGGAAAGAUAACCAAGAUACAUCCAUUUCCAUCACCUUUUUUAAUUUAAUCACGGUUUUUAUUUAUGCCAUGCUGUUUGUGUACAAGGAACACUAAUUCUUGUCUUGCACUGUCGAGUCUUGCACUACACACUGGGAUCAACUUUGAACCUCUUUAGAGACUGCAAGAGACUCUCACUAAGCUGUCAAACAUAAGUGAAGUACUGUUUUUUUUUUUAAAACUUCAUUUUAAAUACAUUUCCACAAUUUUUCCUAAUGGGAUUUAUUUAAGAUUUGUUUGGGUUAACCUGUUGUAUUUAUCAUUUUGUCUUUCUAUUUGUGUAUCAUUUGACUGACAACUAGAAAAAAAAGGUUUUAAAAAAGUGAAUUUGGAUUGAAAUGUUCAGGGUGAAAUAUUUCUGUUAGACUUUUAUUUUGUCUGUAUUGCUGUCUAAUAGUGGACAUAGUUCAGUAGCUAUGUGGGGAAGGUAAAAAAGCUACAAAAUCAUUUUGUGUAGAAAUCAAUUGCUAUUCUGGUAUCAGGUAUUCUGGUAACUCAUUUACAUAUAUCAAAGACCAACAGGUGAUAUUAAGUGUACAAUAAAAUGGAAUUAUAGCAAUCUGGGGAUAUUUCCAAGAGGAAAUAUCAAGAGGAGGAAAUACAAGUCACCUCAUCAAACACUAGCUAAGUGAAGUGAAGUGAAGUUAGGUGAGUGAAAAGAUCAGACUGAAUAAAAUCUUCUGUUCCAUUUCCUGAUUGAUUUAAUACUAGUUCAUUACUUGUUAGUAUCAGUUUCAUAUAUCGAACACUACUCCUAUUUAAUAUCGAUGCAUCCUUAUUCUUUUAUAAGCAAGUAGCUAUAACCACAUUCAGUCAGUUAUUAUAUGUGUAGUGGCAUGUCGGUAGAUUUAUCUGAUUAAAAAUAGUCAAGUUUACAGGGGGUACCUAAUAAACCGUCACACAUGUCUCCAUUUUAUGCCUGUUUCCGUAAUCUUUCUAGUUACAUGUAUUGCGUGUUCACAACAUUCUUCUAUUAUUGAAAUCCGAGAAUUGGAUGUGGCUCUGCUGUUCCUGUUUACAAUCCUGUGGGUAUGACUUGACACUACAACCCGUUGCCUUAGUCACUAUUUUUGUUUUUGUUUUUUUCUCCCAAUGAUACCUCAGGCUAUUCUGGAAUAGCCCUGACUAUGUGUUUUGUUUUUUUGGCAAUCAGUACAAGAAACCUAAUGUUUAUAAUAAUGAUAUGAACAUUCAGAAUAUGUACUUUUUCAGUUAAAGUGCUUUAACUUUAAGUGCAUGCAUUUUUGUAAAUGUUUAAGAAAGUAAUCUGAGAUCAAAAAUGGUGCUUUGAAAACUAAAGUUUGUAGUUAUCAUAAUUUUAUAAAGAAUUUUUUUGGACUUUCAUGACAAAUCAAUCAGACAAGACAUUUCUUAUGGACAAAUAUUUUAUGUCAAUAUUUUGCCUCAAAACAAAUCUAAUGUACUGUAACCCUAUUUGGACGGGAUUUAUUUUACAUGCACCUGCUAAACAUUUGAUCUGAGUUUUCAUUCCUUCCCUAUUGCCCGGUAUAUGAAUUACAAGCCAAAUUACUUACGUUUUUUUGUUGUUGUUGUUUUUUAAAUAUAUAUACACCACAUUUUUAUGGAAAGUAAACAUGAUUUAUCGAAAAAUAAACAAAUAAAAAGAACGAGCAGUUGCAUCAAUGUCAAUUCGUGACUAAAUUAAUUCGGCAUUAAACUCUAAUGCAUAUUAAAAUCAUUUAUGCAUGUCUGAUGCAUCUAUGUUUGUAGGAUAACAAACUAAUUCUGUCUUAGGACCGCUCUUUUACAUUUAAUUUAGCUUAAUGUGGCAUGAAAGCAAGUUUAUGAAGUUUCCCAUCAUUCCUUGUUUUUCAUCCUCACAGCUCUAAUUUCAGACGCUGAACACAUCUCAGCUAAACGGCUGCAAUUAUAUAAGAAGAGAAGUGUACAUGUUUUUUUGGCAUUUGUACUGUUCUUGUAAGCUUGUUGCUGGAGACAGAGCUGUUCCUCACCGCUGGCCUUAUGAAAAACCCCAGUGCAGUCCUUGCCAAUAAAAUACGACUUGCAUUAA